UUCUAUUGCCUGAACUGUGAUGUCACAAUUGAACAGUGCCCCUCCAGAAUGCUUAUAGACUAGACCUGCAGUCAUUUUAGUCCAGCCACCAGAGCCAGAGACAUACACACAUACACAACAGUUCACCAGAACAUCCACAUUAUUGUCGAGAUGGGAAAGAACAACAAGAAAGGAAAGAACAGGAAAACAACCGCCCCUGUCCUGCAGCAGCCUUUAGAAAGGCAAUCUCUGCAGGAGCCAAAAGGGGACAAUGAGCUAUGUUCCAGCCAGGCUCAGGUUCAGAUCCCUGAGCCUGAAUCACCAUCGCUCAUACUCAAAAAGAAACAAGUACGGUCAUCUGUUAGGGAAAAGGUUGCCUUGCUGCAUGAGGAAGAGCAGCUAAAAGAACUGCCAGAAAAUCACACAGACAGGACAACCUCAGACAUGGCAACGUCAAACACGGCAACCUCAGACAUGGAUCUGGACCUUGUUAAGGUUUCCAAUGAGCAGGAGACAGCAGAGAUGGCUGUCACUGAAAUCAGCCAACCCAUGGAAGCCCUUGACAUCAAAAAGGAGAAGCAAACGGAGACAAAUGAACAUCCAGCCCAGCCAAGACUCAGACUGCAGGUUGGUCUGUCUCACGUUGCCGAGGUCCUGCAGAAUCAGGCACUCAUGUGGUCACAGGACAGAUCUAUUCUCCUUGGAGAGAUCUACAAACUGCGUGCUGAACUGGAACAGGCAAAGGAGAACCAGAAGCAUCAGGCCAGUCUCCAGGCAAAGGGGAACCCGGACACCUGUGCCAUUCAGGCUGCACCGAAGCAAACCCAAGAGGUCCCAGCCAACAAGGACCACCAGUGCCAGGAGAAGAACUCAUGUCUCCUGGCCGAGGCAAUGAAGGAGAACGAAUCUCUUAAAGCUGCCCUGUACCAGACCCAGGUGGACCUGAAGAUACUGAAGCAGCAGUGGGGGAAGGUAACAUCUCAUCUUUUCGAAGAACAAAAGGAAACCUGCAGGUUGAAGGUUGCUCUGCACCAGGCCCAUGAAGACCUGAAGAAACAGAAACAGGAGAGGGAGAAGGACACAUCCAAUCUUCUCUCCGAACAAGAAGAAACCUGCAGGUUUAAGGCUGCCCUGACCCAAGCUCAGGAGGACCUUAAGAAUCAGAAGCAGGAGUGGGAGAAGGAAACAUCAAAUCUUCUCUCAGAACAAGAGGAAACCUGCAGGUUGAAGGCUGCCCUGACCAAGGCCCUGGAGAACCUGAAGACCCAGAAGCAGGAGUGGGAGAAGGAAACAUCCAAUCUUCUCUCAGAACAAGAGGAAACCUGCAGGUUGAAGGCUGCCCUGACCCAGGCCCUGGAGAACCUGAAAACACAGAAGAAGGAGUCGGAGAAGGAAACAUCAAAUCUUCUCUCAGAACAAGAGGAAACCUGCAGGUUGAAGGCUGCCCUGUACCAGGCUCAGGAUGAACUAAAGAAGCAGCAGCAGGAGUGGAAUAAUGAAAAGUCUGGCCUCCUAGAAGAGCAAAAGGAGACCACAUCCAAAAUAAAGGCUGCCCUGUUUCAAGCUGAAGAGCGGCUAAAGACCCAGAGGUGCCAGUGGGAAAAGGACCGGUUCCAGCUCCUUGUUGGGCAGAUGGAGGAAAAGGAAAAGAUGAAGACUGCACAGAAACAGGCAGAAGAUAAUCUUAGAUGCCAGUGGAAGGAGGACAUGUCCUGUCAUGAAGAAGAGACCAUCAAGAUUCAGGAUGCACUGAAGCAGGCAAAUAUGGACCUCCAAAAACAAAAAAGAGAGUGGGAUAUGGACAGAUCACUGCUACUUGCAGAGCAGUAUGAAACCCUCAAGAUGAAGACCUCCCUGGACCAGGCCAAAGAGGACCUGCAAAAACACCAGGUCCAGUGGCAGCAGGAGAGGGCCUCUCUCAUGGAGUCUUUAGCCGCCAUUAAUAAGUCUCUGGAGGAAGAACAAGAAGAAAGAGCAAAGACUAAUGACAGUUUAAUGGACAGACUGAGGAGCCUAGAAACUCAGGUAGAGGAGGCUAGGAGACCACCAAAGAAGUCUUUUAAGAAAAGGUUCCUGCUGUUCUUUAAACGAGAUACAGGGACUCCCUCUCAGACCUCUGACACCCACAGCCAAGACCCUUCAACUCCUCAAUCGUCCUCUCACUCCCAUCAAACCCAAAAAGUCAAAUCCUAACUUUACCCCUAAACUCCAUAUCCCCCUAAUCCCCUUUUGUCCAAAGUGACGUAUCUGAGAGAUGUACGCAAUUAAAUUACACAUCAAAUAUACAGUGUAUAGCGAAAGUCUACACAACCCUGUUAAAAUAUCA